CGGUGUGGCGCUGAGGAUUUGACAAGGCUGAAGACGACGUACGCGGCGGAGUCGUACAUCUCGACGCUGCCUCGCUACGAACUGGGAAAUAUCUUGGCUGUGUCACGGUUGGCUGUAGCUACUGCUCGGCAGUCGUCGGUGAAUGCAUGGUUUCCACCAAUAUAGCCCGACUUGUAGCCGCAAAACGGGUAACACUGGCUGUCGAAGCGUCUUUUUUGGCUGUAUGUGUUAGAGCUCAUCUUUGAAGUAGCACAACCAUGGGUGUGGAAGUCGAGACAAUAUCUCCCGGUGAUGGAAGAACAUUUCCAAAGAAGGGCCAGACAUGUGUCGUACAUUACAUAGGCAUGCUGCAGAAUGGGAAGAAGUUUGACUCCUCUCGAGACAGGAACAAGCCCUUCAAGUUCAAGAUUGGACGGAUGGAGGUCAUUAAGGGAUGGGAGGAAGGAGUAGCACAGAUGAGCCUGGGCCAGAGGGCAAAAAUCACCUGCACACCAGAUAUGGCUUACGGAGCGACAGGCCACCCCGGGGUCAUCCCUCCGAACGCCACGCUCAUAUUCGACGUGGAACUGCUCAAGCUGGAGUAAUGCCUGGGGUUAAAUACGAAGGUUGACGGUUAAUGAGGCUGCGUUCGCCACAACCUGUUUCCACAGGGAGACCAUAAUAGGCAGCUGCUUCCCACCGUCCACCUGCUCUUCUUUGAUUUCACCAGUCUUCUUUAGUUCAGUAUUUAAACGUAUCUCUACUGCUGCUUUGUUGCCAUCUUGUCAUAAUAGAUACUGCAAGAAAAUGUUCACCUCCUGCAAGACUUUUUCACACACACACACAACACAGUUUGGUUUCUGUUUGUUAGUCAGAGAUGCUGUUUUGUUUAAUUUAAAGUUGUAAAUUUUGUUGUACCGUGAGGUAAUCAGUCAUCUGAUGAAUAGCCGUACUACAUUGCAAUCAAAACAUAUACUGCCUUACAGUUUCAACAGCAGAGGAUGGAUUCAUAUGUUAAAAGUACAUAACUCCUUCUCUGUAUCUUAACUGGGCAUUAUAUACCACUGUCUGCAUUGCCACUUUGACACAGGUUUGUCCUGCUGAAUGCUCUGAAUGAUGUUGCUGUGUUUAGUAUAUUUUAUAUCCCUCAUAAGCAUUUACUGCAAGUAUACCCUAUCCAAUCCAACCCAAUACUGUACAGAACUAUAAGAGCCAUUGCUACUAUGAUAGUUUAUCGACCAACUCUUGAAUAAAAAUGGCAUGCACUGUGUCGAGA